CGUAUUAAAAGCCUAGCUAGGAACAACGAGAAAAUUAGAUUGAUAUGGGCGAGCUUCUACUGGCGCGGCCGCUGGUCGUGGUGGGAUCGGCGAAUGCGGACAUCUAUGUGGAGCUGGAUCGAAUGCCAAAGGAGGGCGAGACGCUGGCUGCGAGGAAUGGACAAACUUUACCAGGAGGAAAGGGAGCGAAUCAAGCCGCUUGCGCUGCUCGCCUCUCCUUCCCAACGUUCUUCGUUGGCCAGGUCGGGAAAGAUGGAAAUGCGACGAUGUUGAGAGAUGCACUACAGACCUCUGGGGUUCGCCUCGACUAUCUCAACACAGUCUCGGGGCCAACAGGUCAUGCCAUCGUCAUGCUCCAGCCGAAUGGACUAAACUCCAUCGUCAUUGUUGGAGGCGCGAACACUGCGUGGAAGAAGCGGACGGGAUCGUCGAGCAUUCCCGUCCAGGCCGAGGAAACCAUUCGAAAAGCCGGCGCUCUUCUCCUGCAGAGAGAAAUCCCAGACGAUGUCAACAUCGAAGCCGCAAAGAUUGCAAGAGAAGCGGACAUUCCCGUCAUCAUGGACGCAGGAGGCUUCGAUUCGCCCAUUCCGGAAGAACUUCUCAAGUAUAUCACGGUUUUGAGUCCAAACGAGACGGAGCUUGCUCGUCUCACGAGCAUGCCGACGGAGACAACGCAGGAAGUCGUCCGUGCUGCAAACAAAUGCCUCGACAUGGGAGUGAAACAAGUUCUGGUGAAGCGAGGAGUUCAAGGCUCUAUGCUUGCAAAAGCUGACGAGAGUCCCAUUCUCCAACCAGCGAUUCCAGCCCCGGCUGUUGUCGACACUACAGGCGCUGGAGAUACUUUCACUGCUGCCUUCACGGUCGCAAUUCUCGAAGGCAAAGAGCCAGCCGAGGCCUUGAGAUUUGCAGCUGCUGCUGCAUCAGUGUGCGUGAGAGCAAAAGGAGCGAUUCCAAGUAUGCCGAAUCGGAAAGCUGUGGAUGAAGUCUUAAAACACGAGCAGUACGUGUAAACGAGCCAAAACAAUUCCAAAGAGCUCACAAGCAACAACCAGGAACACUUGAAAUGAAAAACAACUCACAUGUUUCACCGCAGCUUUAGAUUCACAGAGAACUCCUGUCGAAAAUCUCAUUACCAAAAAAUGUCUUCUAAUUGACACCGGAUUAGAUCUCGGUAUGCUUCGGUUUCA